AAAAAAUCCACAAAUCGGAAGUGAAGGCCGGGGCAGCCGAUCUUAGUGACGUUUUGGACAGAAACUAAUCGAAGUCAAAAUAGAGAGGAUUUUGGCACACGGGGGGCAUACGAAGAAUAAGGUGGAGUGUGAAUUUGUAUCUCAUAAUCACCGGUCUUAAAGGUGAAGAGCCCUACCUUUUGGCCUCCUCAGUGUCCAGCUUUGACAGAGUUCAGCUUCACCCAGCCUGCCUCAGCCCGCCCCGGCCCCGUCUCCAGCCUCCGCUCCAGCCCCUUCCACUAACCUCCCUCAGGCCUCCACAUCCACCCAGAGCUGACCCCUCUUCCUGUCUUCGCCGAGCCGUCAGAUCAGCACCAUGGCAGGUCGAGGAGGACCGGCACGGACCAACGGCGCAGCUGCGAGCAACAAGAUCUGCCAGUUCAAGCUGGUGCUGCUGGGAGAGUCAGCGGUGGGCAAGUCUAGUCUGGUGCUGCGCUUCGUUAAAGGCCAGUUCCACGAGUACCAGGAGAGCACCAUCGGAGCUGCCUUCCUUACACAGACGGUCUGUUUGGACGAUACAACGGUCAAGUUUGAGAUCUGGGACACUGCAGGGCAGGAGCGGUAUCACAGCCUGGCACCCAUGUACUACAGAGGAGCCCAGGCUGCCAUUGUGGUCUACGACAUCACCAACACAGACACAUUCACACGUGCAAAGAACUGGGUAAAGGAGCUCCAGCGACAAGCCAGCCCCAAUAUCGUCAUCGCACUGGCCGGAAACAAAGCUGAUCUUGCCAACAAAAGAGCUGUGGACUUCCAGGAAGCACAAGCAUACGCAGAUGACAACAGUUUGCUCUUCAUGGAGACCUCAGCCAAGACUGCUAUGAACGUCAAUGAGAUAUUUAUGGCCAUCGCCAAGAAGCUUCCCAAGAAUGAGCCCCAGGGAGGAGCGGGGGCUGGCGGCCGGGCCAGAGGCGUGGACCUGCAGGAGGCUGCUCCACAGGGCAGGAGCGGUCAGUGCUGUGGGGGUGGAAACUAACUAGCGCACCAAAGCCAACGGAAGUAAACUCAUCAACCAACCUGCAGUAUCAACCAAGCAGACCAGACAUCCACCAGCUGGCAUACACACCCUAUGGUCUGACCAACUACCAAGCACCAAUCAACGAAGAGAGAAACAUGCCCGCUGGCCAAUCCACUGUCUGUCCAAGCCCAUGGUUUCAGCAAAUGAUCAGACCAACAGACAAACAAAGAAUUUGACCUACAUGAAGAUACCCAGUUUUAACUCUGCAGGGCAUUUUGCAACCUAUUAUAUUUCCAACAAUGGACAUUUGGUGGUGACACAAUAAAACAACACAACAAGCAGGAACAAAUAAAGAAGAAAAGAUUGCUGAGGAUCAAUCGCACUUAAUCGGGCCAGCUGCACGACUUUUUUCUCUGUAUUUCUGUAAAGAAAAAUAAAAAAUCUGACGCAACUGGGAGGAAUAUUAACAGGCUCUUGGCCCUCUCCUUUCACUCCCUCUCCAUUUCCCUCUCUCCUUGUCACUUUAUGUACUAUAAUACUACAGUAUUUUGUAUAAUGUCUCCUCCCACUGUUCAAACUCUAACCCUGUUUAGUUUUUGGUGGUGGAUGGUUGUAGCAACUCACAUUCAUUUUCUCCAGCCCCUCAACAGUAAUUUGGGAUAAACGAAUGGAGAGGGUUCAGCCCAAAAAGGAGUUUUGAAAAUGGACAGUUAUUUCCUUCCAGAAAUAGCAGUUAUGUAGAUUAACUGAAUUAUUAAAUUGUUAUUACUAUUGUUAUUAUCACUUCUUCUUUUGGCACACAUUUUACAGUAUGAUUUAAAAGGUUAGACCACCUAAGGUUUUCUUAAUCUAUAUCCAACCGUAUACAUAGUGCAUUAUUAACAUUGUCACCAAUCAGUCAUUUUAGCAUUAUUGUAAUAUAUCUGAGUCAUCCAUGUACAAUGAAAAGAAGAAGAAAAAAAAGAAAAAAACAUUAAACGGAUCAAGCAAGAUUUUUCUUGACCAAAAUAACCAGUUUAUGUAUUAAAGACAUGUUGCUGUAUUUGUAUCAUUUUCUGCAACAACAAAAAAAUAUAACCAAUCAGUAGCUAUUGUGAAUACAAUACCUUCCCAAUCUCUACAUGAUAUUUUGUCACCCCCAAUAAUUUUGUGAUGGAAAGAUUUUUUUUAUUUGUGUAUGACUUUUUGUUGUGAAAAUCUCUGGUAUUGAGUGCACAGGUUCUGUCUUGUCAGCUCUGUGAAUUCAGAUGUUUUCAGUUUCCUUUUCUCUCAUGUUUUAUUUUUUUUACUUUUCGUAUCAGGAAGGGAUUCAUUGGACCAGUGUUGCCUGCUCUGUUAUGACAUCAAUGACAAGCACAACAAGACAGCUGCCGUUGCUGUGAAGUGGGGAGAUACGGGGGGUGGGGCAUGGCAAAGAGUAUAGAAGCACUGCUUCUAUGCUCUUUGGGCAAGGGUAGAGAAAAAUAAAUAAUUUUACCAAUAAAUAACGGGGAAGGUAA